AUGGUCUGGGGGACUGCCCUGUAUCCCGGUGGGAUGACGGUGGUUUUCCGAGAAGGGCCCAGCUGCGGCAGCAACUGUGCCCCCUGCCUCUGCUUUCAAACCCCAGCCCAGAUGAGUGAUUCAGGCAGCGCCACGCCCCAGCCCUACAGUGCCGGUAGCUUAGCGGAGAGAGGCCCAAGUGUCAACAUUAUCCGGGGGAAGGAGAAACUUUCAGCUUUUCUGGAGAAGUUGGCUUUAUGGGAGAAACGAAUGGUUCACCAACUAAUCGUGCUAGCAUCCUCGUUAGCAGUCUUGAACUUCGUUCAGGCGCAACAAGAUGUAAGCAUCUGCAUAAUGGCCAUUGCUCGUUCCUGCGCUGAGUGCAUUCAAGUGGAUGAGUCGUGCGGAUGGUGUACGGAUGAGAACUUCCGCUCAGUGCACCAGUCCACUCGCUGUGACGUUAUGUCGUCUCUGAGAGCCAGGGGCUGCAAGGAGGCCCAGACGGUGAACCCUCGAGGCAGCGUCCGGAUUGAGGAGAACAAACUGCUCUCCGAUGGCGAUGCACACCAGCAGGCCACGCAGGUUCAACCUCAGAAACUCACCCUUACUCUCAGAACCGGCGAGCCGCAGACUUUUAACAUGAAGUUCAAGCGAGUCUCAUCAUCUGAGGUCAUUCUGGAAAACAGCCAGCUUCCACAGGGAGUUUCCAUCAACUUUGAGUCCAUUUGUAAGAAUGGCAUGGAGGGGACCGACGAAGACGGCAGGAAGUGUUCAGAUGUCUCCAUCGGAGAUGAGGUGACCUUUAAGAUCUCCAUUAAGUCCCAGAAGUGCGAGCCGCGUGGCAUGCCGGAAAGCAUCAAGAUCAAACCGCUGGGCUUCACCGAGGAGGUGGAGGUGGUCCUGAACUUCAUCUGCGAGUGUCCAUGCUCGGACAUGGGGGAGCCCAACAGCGACAAGUGCGAAGGUCAUGGCACUUUCGAGUGCGGUCUCUGCCGGUGCAACGAGGGUCGCGUCGGGCAUCUGUGCAAGUGCAGCACGGAAAAUAUGGAUACGGAGGAUAUGGAUGCAAAUUGUCGCAAGGACAACGGCACCGACAUCUGCAGCAACAACGGCGAUUGCCUGUGCGGAACCUGCGAGUGCAAAAAGAGGAAUAAUCCCUCUGAGAUCUAUAGCGGGAAAUACUGCGAGUGCGACAACUUCAAUUGUGACCGCUCCGGCAACAAGCUCUGUGGAGGCCACGGUCGUUGUGAGUGCCGCGAGUGCGUGUGCGACGCGAACUACACAGGCAGCGCGUGCGACUGUUCGCUGGACACGUCAACCUGCCUGGCCAAGAAUGGAGAGAUCUGUAACGGCCGAGGAACCUGCGAAUGCGGUGUCUGCAAGUGUACCGACCCAAAGUUCCAGGGACCUACCUGCGAGAUCUGCCCCACAUGCCCCGGAGUUUGCGCUCAACACAAGGCAUGUGUGGAGUGCCGAGCGUUCCGGACGGGCGAGAAGAAGGACACAUGCGAGCAAGACUGCGACUACUUUGCUCUGACCAAAGUAAAGGACACCAGUGAUCUUCCGAUGCCUCCUUUUAACCAGGAUUUCCGCCUUAUGCAUUGCAAGGAGAGAAACGACGAUGACAGCUGGUUUUUCUUUACCAUCCGCGUUGACACCAAAGAGGUCCACGUUGUCGAUCAGCCAGGAGCCAUAAUUCCCGCUCGUUCUGCCAACUUAAUGGAAAGAGGCGUCUCCUCUUCCCCUUCUAUCUUUAUUCCUUGUUCCACUGUUUACACGUUAACUCCUCCCACCAGAGAUUCGGACGAUCCCAUCGUGGAAAGCAACGACAGAGUAAAAGAAAAAUGA